AUGCUGUCAAACAAUACUAGUGCUAUGUAUAAUCAUACAAAUGAAGCAGAGACGCAUGCAUUUCAGGAGCAACUUGUAUUAGCAGAUAAAAUUAUAAUACUUUUUUUCGCCAUUUUUACCAUUCUUGGCAACACUUUGGUUUUGGUAGCCACCUGGCGAGAAAGAAGUCUUCAUCAGCCAAAUAAAUAUUUUAUUGCUUGUCUGGCUGUCGCUGAUCUUUUGGUUGGCACGAUUUUAGAACCAUUGAUGGUGUAUCAACUCAGUCUCGAUGUUGAAUUAAAACAAACUAUGCCUAUUCAUCUGUGUCGUUUUAUGGUUUGGAUUGAUACCUUUACGCUAGCAGCAUCUAUUUAUUCACUUACAUUCAUCAGUUUUGACCGAUAUUUUAAAAUCAGCCGACCUCUUCAAUAUAGAUCCAGAAUGACAACUUCCAAAUCAUUGAAAAUUAUAUUUACCAUUUGGUUGAUUUCAACUGCCUUUGCCACCUACGCCGCCACUCCUCACUCGGGAAGCUGGGGAAUCUUGCAAACAAGCAGCAAUUUUUGCCCCAUCGAUGGUACAAAAGAGAAAGGAUUUUAUACUUUUCUGGCAGUAAGUGCGUUCUUUCUACCCACCGCACUCAUACUGGUUAUGUACGCCCUCAUUUUCGUUGUUGUUCAUAAACGAGAAAAGAUGCUACGAAAUGGCAAACUGGGUCAAACCUGCAAUGAUCGGAAGCAAAGAAGUGCUUUUCUUCAAGAUCUGAGGAAUAUCCGAAUAUUAUUGGUUGUCGUGGGAGUGUUUGUGCUUUGUUGGGGACCUUACAUUAUUUAUAUCUUGCUUUGGCACUACAAUCCAAACUUGAUUGAUAGGGAUAGAAGGUCAAGCAGCUACAUACGUCGGAUUCUCAUAGCUGACUUUGUAAUAGCCAGACUUCCUUAUUUGAACAGUCUAUGCAAUCCAAUAAUUUAUGCAUGCCUGGACCAAACGUACAGAGAGGCUUUACAACAUCUGUUUCAGCAAAUGAUGUGUCGACCAACUUCAAGAAGACGACCACCGACAAACGGAAUACGACAAGUUACGACAACCGAGAACAAGACAAAGCAAUAUUUAAUUACUGAAUCUCGGUAUUCGGAAAACGUUGUAUAAGUCAUUGCUCGAAGGAGAAAUUCGCUCAUAGAAGUGUGUUUACAAAAGGCUGAGCUCAUGGUUUUAUAAAUUUUAUAGUAGACAAAUUUAAAAUUUUGUUUUUAUUGUUAAAACUGUUGCUAAAUAUGAUAUUUAUGCCGUAUAGGCGCAGAAAACCUAACAUGAAUGUCAACUAAAAAAACAUGCGAAAGCAAUUGUCGUAUUUAAAAUUACAAUGUUGUUUUCAAUUUUCGUGUUCACUUGCAUGCAUUGAGUUAUAUUUAACAAAUAUAAAACAUUUUCCGUCUUGAUAUACAAUUAUAUCAACACGAGUGGAAUUGGGGAAACGAGAAAUUUUAUGGAAACACGACGCCCGAAGGGCGGAGUGUUUUCACACAAUUUCGAGUUUUCCCAAUUUCCACGAGUUUCCCCAAUUUCCACGAGUUUCCCCAAUUUCCACGAGUUUUCCCAAUUUCCAUUGC